AUGUCUGCUUUGAUGUUCUGGAAUGCCGUCACAAAAUCAGCAGGCAUUACCACGCUCAGUUUCUACCUGAUUUUCUUGCCUCUUACACUUGCAACACUUUCUCAAUCGGCAUUUCUACUACUAUCUCUUUUCCUAACAAUCCAAUCUAUCAUCCAUGCCACGCUCCUCCUCACACUUCCAACAUUCACGUUUUCAUCCGGAAGAACCCUGUCUCUGCCAUCCCUCUUACCAUUUGCACAAAUACCCGCGCUACCCGCACUACUCAUUCUCGUCUUCAACAUCUUCUCCGCCCUCGCGACACCAAAUUCUUACGUGCAUACCAUCGCAGCAUGGUGGGGCGUCUUUCUGCGCUACUCCUCGCCCAUCAUGGCAGGACUCGAAGCGCUAGCAUCCCUCAUCGUCAUCCAAUCUGCCGGGAUUGCAUCCAAGGAGCUCGCGGGCGUAUCUGAAGGGUACCAAUUCGGCCUUCUCAUCGCGUCUGCGAGCGCAUACGUCGCUGCUGCUGCUUGGUUCUUCAUCUCGUUUGCGGAUGCUGCUUCGACGCCGAUGACGGCCAUGCUUUUUGGCUGCGCCUUGACGUCGUUGCUCUUCCUUACUGGAAUCGGCUUCAACUUGCGCAGGACGAAUGUCGUCGAGUCGAGUGGACACGCCCUUGUGGAAAACCUCAUUCCGCAUAUGGAGACCAUGUUCAAGUUCAUCACCCAAGCUCUCCCGAGGCCGUUGAUUGCCGCCCUCCUAUUUAGAUUGGCAAUUCUGCAAAUGGCCUCACGGAUCGUGGCAAAGAUGGGCGAUGACGGAUGGGAAGAAGAUGAUGCUUCAAAUGGAUGGGAAGGUCGCCCCAGCUCGCAUCUGACCAACCUCAUACUCACCUACAGACAAACCAUUUUCAUCACCGUCUACUCGCAUCUCCUCUUGAUUGACCACAAUGUCGACGUCUACUGGCGAUGGGCAAACGUCUUUUUCAUCCUCCUCAUGUGGUCCAUAGAAUUGCUCGUAUGGGGCACAGACGACGAAGACACACAUUGGAAGAUGGAUUAG